CUGAAUCAAGGUUGGUUGAAGUUGUCCGGCAUGCUCCCAUUUCAUCUGCUACUUUUCUGCUAGGUCUCUCUCCGUCGAGCAGAUGUUCACAGCUGUACCAACGGCAUGGAGAAGAUCUCUGGACGAGCUGGAUGAUUUAUCGGAGUCCUGACUUUUUGUCGUACUUCGUUUCCGGGUCGGUCAUCCUAGCGCAGCAGUGUGACUGGAAGAGCGCUAGUGGGGGUCCUGCAUGCACCCCUGCUCCAUUAGCCUGAUAGUGGGACGCUGACGUUUCCACUGCGGGCUGAGAGGAAACUUCCAUGGAUCCAUGGUGGAGUUAGGGAAGGCAUUCCUGUGAUCCCUGUGCCCGAGCCGCAUACAAAGCCCACCCUGGCUAGCCCACCCGUUUACAGAGGCAGCUGCUCAUGCACAGCUAUAAAUUAGCCAGUUUAUUUAAACGCGCCUGUUUCCUGGAUCCCCUCACAGAGACGUGUGGAGAAGAUCACGUUAGUGGAGGAACUUCAUUCAGGCUGACGGCCCAAAAGCAUCAAACAGACACGUGUGAAACUUUAUCAUUAAUCCCGCGUAACGAGGUCCUGUGGGGGGCUCACAGCCAGAGGUGACUACAGCCGCCUAAACCUCGCUGAAGUGGAAGUACGUUGCCAUGGAUUCCUUUGGGCGGCAGGAGUUUUUGCAGUAUUUGGCAGAGGGCUGCAUUUUACCCACAGCGCAGCAGGGCCUGGAGCAGGUGUGGCAUCUACUGCUGGCUUGCUUGCUGUGCCGGAUCGUCUGCAGACUGGGUAUUCCAGUUCAUGUGAAGCAGCUGAGUUCUUUAGCAGGAGGCCUGUAUGUGCUGUAUGUGUUCUUUGAGCUGCACAUGGUUUGGGUGAUCAUACUCAGCCUCCUCUGCUUCCUCAUCCUUUUCCUCUGCCGAAAGUCCAGCAGCCGAGGGGUUUUUCUUUCGCUCGCCAUCCUCAUCUACAUGCUCUUGGGAGAGCUGCAUAUAAUAGAUCCAGAGACUUGGCAUAAGAUGAGGGGCUCUCAGAUGGUGGUAGCCAUGAAGGCCAUCUCUCUAGCCUUUGACCUUGACCGAGGGGCUGUGUCCUCCUUUCCUACGAUGCUGGAGUUUCUGAGCUACGUCUGCUUUGUGGGAACGGUCAUCUUUGGCCCAUGGAUUAGCUUCACUCACUACAGAGAUGCUUUAGAUGGCCGCAAAAUGAGUGUUGCCUGGUUUGGGAAGGUUGCCUUGAGUUUUGUGAAGAGUCAAGUUUGCCUGGUCGUCUCCACCUGCAUCGCUCCUUAUCUCUUCCCUUACUUCAUUCCCAUCUAUGGAGAUGGGCUUCCACGCAGGUGGCUUCAUGCGUACGAGACCGCAGUGUCUUUUCACUUCAGUAACUACUUUGUUAGCUAUCUGAGCGAGACAACCAUUGUAAUGGCUGGGGCUGGAUUUUCUGAGCACAAAGACCACCUCAAAUGGGAUAUAACCGUUGCAAAACCCCUCAAUAUUGAAUUACCCAGAUCAAUGGUGGAAGUGGUCACUUCUUGGAACCUGCCAAUGUCUCGCUGGCUGAAGAAAUAUGUCUUCAAGAGUGCUCUCAAACUCGGUACAUUUCCUGCAAUCUUGGUGACCUACACAGCCAGCGCUCUGCUUCAUGGUCUCAGCUUCCACCUGGGAGCAGUGCUGUUGUCUUUGGGCUUCAUCACUUACGUCGAGCAUGUUCUUAGAAAAAGACUGGCUACCAUCUUCAAUGCCUGCAUCCUAUCUAAACGCUGUCCUAGUGACUGCCAUCAUCAGAACCAAAAGGCUGUGUGGGUGUACGGGACCAACCUGUUCUUCAGUGCAUUGUCCAUUUUUCACCUGAUAUAUCUGGGCUCGCUCUUUGACCUGGAUGCUGAGGAUGAGAAGGUUUACAUGGCUAGUUACACCAUUCAGAAAUGGUCAGAACUGAACUGGGCCAGCCAUUGGGUGAUGUUAGGGAGCUGGGUCUUCUAUUGGCUCAUUUAAAGAUGAGUGUGAAAACACGGAUCAAGACGAUGACCCUUUUCCCUCCUACAACAGAAAUCCUGGCAGAUUUUAAGCAGAACUACAGCAGGGGAUGUAGGGAUCCUGAGGGGGUCCUCAGGGAUCCUGAGUUGCAGAGAUCGCUUGAGCCACGUCAUUCCUGCUUUCAUGCUUUAUAUUGACACUGUAAUACACAUUCUUCAUAUUUACUCCACCACAUACUGUAUACUGUAGACCUGAGACAUCUAGAUGAAAUAGGUGAAAAUGCCUUACUUGUUUUUGAUACAACUUUUUAUACGUUACCAAAAUAGCUUACGUUUCUGUAAAGUUAUUUAUUGUUUUCUAAUAAAAUCUGUUAGACAGGUCUUGUGUGUUUGGUUCUAGA